UAUUUACGUGCCAGAUAGCUUCCAACGUCGUUUCCAUGCGUCCCGGGGCAAGUAAACAUUUCCGCUGUGUCGCGAUGGACUCAAACAAGGACGAAGCAGAUCGGUGCAUUAAAAUAGCCCUAAUUGCGGUCAGCAACAACCAGCCGGACAAAGCCAGGAAGUUUCUGGAGAAAGCACAGCGCCUGUUUCCGACAGAUCAGGCCAAAAACUUAUUGGAGACGUUAGCGCAGAAUGGUAAGCCGCCGGACGAGAAUGGCGGUCCUGUGAACAGAGACGGACCCGCUAUGAGGCACCGCAGCCACCGAGAGGAGGCUAAUAAUUCCGCACAGGGGGCCACAGACUCGGCCAAACCAUACACUGCAGAGCAGCUGGAUGCCGUCAGAAAGAUUAAGAGCUGUAAAGAUUAUUACCAAAUUCUGGGAGUUGAAAAGACAGCCUCUGAGGAGGAUCUUAAAAAGGCUUACAGGAAACUGGCUCUGAAAUUUCAUCCAGAUAAAAAUCACGCACCUGGAGCCACAGAGGCAUUUAAAGCUAUUGGUAAUGCCUAUGCAGUGCUGAGUAACACUGAGAAACGAAGGCAGUAUGACCAGUAUGGAGAGGAGCGAUCAAACCCAAGCAGACACAGGCACCAUCGUGAUUUUGAAGCGGACAUCUCACCCGAGGACCUCUUCAACAUGUUCUUUGGUGGCGGCUUCCCAUCGAGUAACGUACACGUUUACAGAAAUGGAAGAAUGCACUUUGCACAUCAUAAUAGGCAAGAAAGACGAGAACAACAGAGAGAUGGAGGUCUUGCUCUUUUUGUCCAGCUGAUGCCCAUCUUAAUCCUCAUCAUUGUUUCCGCUCUCAGCCAAAUGAUGGUCACCCAGCCCCCCUACAGCCUUAGCUACCGCCCGUCAGCCGGACAUAUUCACAAAAGGCAUACUUCAAACUUGAAGGUGCUUUUCUAUGUGGGAGACCGUUUUAAUGAAGAAUUUUCUGGGAAUAACCUGAAGAAUGUUGAGAGAAGUGUAGAAGAAGACUACAUCUCCAACCUCAGAAACAACUGUUGGAAGGAGAAGCAGCAGAAGGAAGGCUUACUGUAUCGUGCUCGUUACUUUGGGGAUUCUGAGUUGUAUCAAAGGGCACAGAGAAUGGGGACUCCCAGCUGUUCCAGACUAUCGGAGAUUCAGGUUAUGUUGGAUGGCUAGAAACCACUCGCACACAUACGGGUUCGUCUGUACUUGAAUCUAAUUAGAAGAAAUCGGUCGGAGCCCACUCAAAUUGGAGCAUUUCUGCAGCAAACCAAGAGAAUCAAAAAUGCCUUACGUGCAGUGGGCAGCAGACCUCAUCAGGGAACCUCUCUGCAGCUUGGUGUAGAUUGACUUCCUGUAGAACUGUGAGAAGCUUUGAGUUGACUGCUGACAUUUUCUUACUCUAGUGUCUUCAGGAUGGUGAGAGACCGCUUGGCGUCACGGUAGAAAGUAAAAGCAUAGUUGUGUAUCUGAACGGUAAACGAAGCUGCUAAGAUAAGCUGUCCCAGUCUUUUUGUUUUCCUUUCAACAUUUUGAGAAACCUCAUGGCCUUCUCAAAGACAGACGUCUGAGCCACUCACAAGGAAAGUGUGUAAUUUUUAUAGUUCUUACCAAUGUAAAUAUUCAUUUUACUUUUAACAGUGCAGGGUUUGUUGGAGUUAAUAUCAUUUACUAUAAUGUUAUUAUGUGGAUUUGCUUGUAGCCUGUUGGAUCAUAAGUAUUGAAAAUCAUUGCACAAAUGAAAGUAAACCAUAUUUAUUAAAUUAACAUGCUAAAACUGUAUGGAAGUUUCAUUGAAUUAAAUUUGUCUGAUGGUU